GGAGAAUAUCAAAUCAGAUCAAAUAAAAUAAACCGAAAACUGGUGUAGCGUUUUAGAAGAAUCCCUAAUUACUCUCUCUCUCUCUCUCUCUCUCUCUGUCGUGCGUGCAAUUUUCUCUCCAGAGAGAAUUCCUUUUUGCCCCCUCUUCCCGCCGUCACGUACGUCCUGUUCAUUCCGCCGCCGUCAGGAACAUCAUCCGGUGCUUUUUCUAUCUCGUUUGGUGUUUGAAAGAUAACUGAGAUGGUGAAAGACAAGUUAAAGGAACCUGUUCUUACAGCUUUCACACCUAAUGGUGACUAUGUGGCCAUUCUGUCUUCAAAUGCAACGGUCAAGAUUUGGAAUACAAACAGUGGAGAUUUGUUAGCCGAGUGGAAGCCAUCAGAUGGAGAUCAUGAUAUUCAUUACUCAUGUAUUGCAUGCAGUUUCACUGGAAAAAAGCGCAAAAAGGAUAAGGGAACUUGCUUAUUAGCUCUCGGCACAGAUGAUGGAAAAGUUCUCGCUAUUGAUGUUUCCACUGGUGAGAGGAAGUGGCCUACUAGUCAUCCAAUUCCCGGUGGGAUUUGUGGACUUUCAUUUGCAAAAAAAGGACAGCUUCUUUAUGUUGUUGGGCAUGAUGGGAAGGCAUAUGAGAUUAAUUCAGAAACAGGAGAGCUUCUAAAGGAGUUUAGAAUCUCAAAAACGUCCAUCUCUUCACUGGCUUUCUCACAUGAUGAAAAAUAUUUAGCUAUUUUCAGCUCUAGACUACGAGUUGUAAGCUGGGAAACUGGGGAAGAGGUUCUGAAGUGCCCUAAAGAUUUGGGAAAUAUACAUCGUGUAUCUAUAUCCAAUGAUGCAAAAUAUAUAAUUACAUCAGAUUCUGUGAGUAAACAUCUUCAAGUGUGGAGGCGUGACUUAAUUUUAGGAACUGUGAGUAGUGGUCCAAAACUACCCUUUAAGCAUGCUCCAUUGGUUCUCGAUUGCCACCUCGGGUGCAAUGAAGAAGAUGAUUUAGUCGUCUCUGCAGUUAUGUCUUCAGGUGGAGCUUACAUAUGGAAGAAUUUGAACGCCUCUUCUGAAGAUCAAGUACACCGAACUAAAAUAACCUUGAAAACAGAAAAUGGUGAAAGUUCAAAGAAAAUGCGCACUUCCAUAAUUGCAUCCAGAUUUCAAUCCACAGGGGAAGACAAACAGAUGAAAGCUUUGGUGACUUAUGGCUCUGUAGAUCAUCCACAAUUUACUGUCUUAAAUAUUAGUGAUUUAGGGGAGGAUGUGGUAUUAAAUGUGGGAGAUGAGCUCGAUUCUAUUCAGAAGCAUGAUAGCCCUUCUAAGAAAGCCGUAGAAAAGGAAAGCAAAAAGUCUAAGAAAAGACAAGCAACAUCUGAUCCUGAUCUUCCAACCACAACGGAGAAGGUGGAUUUUGAUCAAUGUGAGACUGCAGAAGGAGUCCUUGAUGAUGAUCCAAGUGAGCCAACAAUGGGAGAGAAACUUGCUAGUCUCAAUUUACUGGAUGAAAACAAAUCCAAGAGUGAAAAAGAGCAAGAAUCUUUGGUUUCAUUGAAGCCUCCAAGUGCAGACAGUGUACAUAUUUUGCUUAAGCAAGCAUUAAAUGCUGAUGACCGUGCCCUUCUGUUGGAUUGCUUGUAUACUCAAGAUGAGAAGGUUAUUAUAAAGUCAGUUGCGCAGUUGAACCCAUCCAACGUCCUCAAACUUCUUAAUUCUCUUAUUUCCAUUAUUGAAUCUAGGGGUGCAAUUUUGUCAUGUGCUCUUCCAUGGCUGAAGUGUCUACUUCUACAGCAUGCAAGUGGAAUAAUGUCCCAGGAAUCUUCUUUAAAAGUUUUGAACUCUUUGUAUCAAUUGAUUGAGUCCAGAGUCUCCACUUUUAAAUCUGUCUUCCAACUCUCAAGUUUCUUAGACAUCCUAUACACAGGGGUUCUUGAUGAGGAGGUAGAUGAAGUUGAAACAGUGCCAAUUAUCUAUGUGGACACAGAUGACAGUGAGGCAGAAUCCGAGGAUGUCAUGGAAACUGACAAAGAUAGCAAUGACGGGGAACUAUCUGAUGAAGGAUUUGAUAAUCUUAGUGACAUUGAAGUUAGUGAUGGUAUGAUGGAAGAUUAAUGAUGUCGUGAACAUAUUUUUGGUUCUUUUCAAAACUUGUCAUGACAACAUUAAGUCCCAGCAAUAGCCGUUGAUGACACUUGCGUUGAGUUCCUAGAUAAUGUUUGUAAUGUACUCCCCUCCGGUCCUUAAUAUAAGAAGUAAACAACUUUUUAGAUUCAUUGAGAAUCUAAUGUAUUUAGUCUAUAUAAUGGAUUAGAUACAUUAGAUUCUCGAUGAAUCUAAAAUAUUGUUUUCCUUUUAUAUUAAGGACCGGAGGUAUUCACUGUAAUAUCUUGGAAACACCAUAUACAUUUGCUUUUCCACAAAGCAUAACAAUUUUGAGAAAAUAGGGCUAAUUGCAUGUUGGAGGAUUGGUUGAGUGAAAACAUGAUUAUGGAAUUCAUUUUGGUUUUUAUUAUCUA